GUUUUGUUUAAAACUGGCGUGCUGUUGUCUAAGGACUUACUUUGAAUUACUUGUAAUGAGUUGUGUAGCGUUGUGAUUAAUGCUAAUUUUACCAGGUUUUUGCUAUUGUGAAUACGCCUACCAGCCAUAUCUGGGAUUAGAUGAUUCGUCUUGGUUUUCCCUAUCCGAUUAUCCUGGGCGUUAUUUUGUUCGUUAAUGCUUACAGAAUCCCAUAGAAGUUUCGUGUGACAGCGUGCAUGUCUCUUAAUCCUGAUCAGUUGGAUCUUGUACCUGAUGAUCUGCUUAAUGAUCAAGUCCAAGUAGAAACGGUUCAUCAAGUUUCAUACAAUAAUAAUAAUAAUAAUCGAAGUAACCUGGAUGCAUUAGGAAUGGCCGCUGGAGUGUCACCUUACGGAACAAAUAACCCAUCUGCAAUGUCUGCAGCAGCAGCAGCAGCUCUUUUAAUACAAGCUGCAGCUGUAAAUGAAUCACCAUCUAAUAAUGUAACUUUUUCCGGACGACGUUGUUCAACUUCAAGCCUUCUAGAGUCACCACAACCAUCUCCUUUAUCUUCAUCUAUGAUUUCAGUAGCUGCACAACAAGCUGCCUUAGCUGCUGCUCAAGCUAUUGCCAGUCCUCGAUCUCCAUCAGCUAGUUCUAGCACAUCUAAUUUUCAGGCGGCGGUGUUGUCAUUGGCUUUAGCUGCUUCAUCCACGUGUACAACAAUUAGCAAUUCUUCUAGUUCCGAACUUCGUGAAUGCCAACGUUCAUUACUUGGUCAUUCUGCUAUGAAUGAUCUUAUCUCCCUUUCUGAACAACAUCCAAAAUUACUAACUGCACAUUCUACUCUAGCAUCUGUGUUUAGAAGACGUUCUUCAACACUUGCUCCUCCAUGUUUCACUAAUGUACUUGAUCCAGUGUGUAUGGAUAUUGCACCUAGGCAUGAAUUAAAAAGUGCUCCCAGUGAGGAACCACAGUUAUUGUCUUUUUUGCCUUCAAACGUAACGUCUACUCUUGAUCUGGGAAAUUCUCAGCUCCUCAAUAGUCAGCAAUCAACUCUUCCAGAUUACCCUGAAGGUUUUUCUUUAACCCGUGAGUCAACAUCUAUUUCAACUUCUUUUCUGAACGAUAAUUGUAUCGAACAACGUAAUCGUUCAGAUGAAUCUUAUUUAAUGGAUAUUAAUUCAGAAGGUCCGGCUAAAAUUACACGGCAUUAUUUAUCUAAUUUAGAUCCUGAUGAAAAUGUAGAUAACUCCCGAAACUCUUCCAGUGUACCACAUAGAGGUUAUGAAGAUCCUAAUUUCCAACCUUUUUACAAAACAUCACCAAAGUAUGAUUCGCAUCUGGUACAUCCAUUAGGUGUUCACCCAUCAUUUGAUAGAAAUUCUAAUAAAUGUAAUACAAGAUAUUUUUCUCCUACACAUACAUCAGUUUCAAGUGAACUUGCAUUGGCCACAUGUCCUCCAACUUCACCACUAAGUUGUUCCUCAUUAUCUAAUUCAGCAACUCCCCAAUUGAAUAUUUCUCCAUUAAAUGUUGAAUGUAGAGUUAAGAAUCCACCAAUGGAUGAUUUGAGUGGAGCUAAUUCCAGAUCAUCGGUUUCCUGCAGGUCAUUAAGAACUAACUGUGGGACAGAGUGUGAUUUUAAAACUGAUGAACCAAACCGUAAACGCGAACAACGUCUUUUAAAAAACAGAGAAGCUGCAAGGGAAUGUCGUAGAAAAAAGAAAGAAUAUGUAAAGUGUCUAGAAGCUCGAGUUAGUCUUUUAGAAAGUCAAAAUCAACAGCUAAUUGAAGAGCUUCAAAAAGUUAAAGCGCUUUGCUUUAAGGAGUUAUGCGGUUUAGGAUUAAAUAGUUCCACAGCUGCAUGCGCCGCAGCUGUUUUAGCUGCCGUGACCUCAGUGUCUGCUAACUACUCAGGUUCAGAUGCUGCAGAUGCUUCUGGAUUAGAUUCAACUGCCCGAUUUUCUUCAGAAUCCGAUCGUAAUAUAUGUGAAAGAUCCACUGAAGUGCAUCAUAUGGCUUCUGAAUUCGGAGAAAAUGUACAACAACUUCAUGAUUGUCCACGCUCAACUCGUCAACGCAGACGUUCUGUGUUCACUGCACCUAAACUAUCACCGUAUUCAAAUCAGGCUACAUGGUUAGGCCCGUAUUCCUUGAAGUGUUCCGAACCCUCUUCAAAUGUGACUUGUGGUACCAAUCACGUAAAUCGUUCUUCUUUUGAUGGAUCGCCAUCACAUUCAUGUGUACCACAAUUGCAUGACACAAAAGGUGACUGCGCAAAUAACCCUGUUACCAUCUCUUAUACGUCUCCGGUUAAUCCAGAUACAAUUAGUCCUCAUUCGGGUGAACAUUUACAACUUCAUUGCACUGAAUCGCACUCACUUUUAGUAGAAAGUAAAGUGAACAGCAAUCGAUUACCACAGGAUUCAACACAUGAAAUGUCUAGUGAGUUACAAAGUUGGAAAUCACCGCAGUACCAUAACUGUGGUAAUCCCUACCAACAUCCUCGGUACGCGGCAAAAAGAGCUUAUCGCAAUGUGAUAUUUAAUUCUUCCAAUACAAGUAGCGAGUCUGAAAAAAAACCAGAUCCCGUUGAUGAUAAACGUCUUUGUGAACCAGGAGCUAACGUCGAUGCUGUGACUGGUGCUGCAGUGAUUUUAGCUGCUGCAGCUGCUAUGGUCGCAGAAUCUGAAUCUUCUGCACCGGAAUCUAGACUGUCCGUCUAAACAUCCAUAUAUAUAUAUAUAUAUAUAUAUAUAUAUAUAUAUAUAUAUAUAUAUAAUAUUUAGCAGAUCAUAUUACUUAUGAACAUCUACCUGCGUCUUUCUCAACGAUUAGGUUCCAAUAAGUAAAUUUUUAAGUGAUUAUCUUUUGAAAUAUUCUAGGAGCAGCAAAUAAUAGUUUCUUGAACUGUUAAUUUCUGAAGCCAUUGAAACUACUGAAUUUAUGCUUUUUCUGCAUUCACUGUCUUCCUUUAAUUUGCCUUUCUUACUUUAUAUGGUCUGCUUUUCCUACUGUGCAAGCUUUCCAAAUUGUGAAAAAUCAUUCCCCCGGCUGAUUGAUUCUUGUUAACUUUUUGCGAGACAUAAACUUAUUUAUUCUCUGGAAUGUAACAUCAUCGUUGUUGAAAAAUUCAUUUGUGCCGUUCGCUUUAUCUUCUUUCAUCAUAAAAAAGACUACAUCACAAAUCCAGAUUCUGUAAUCAUGUAUAUUUUGCAAACUCUAUUCACCGUCACCCCCUCUAUUUCUAUUAUAAACAGUCACAUUGAAAGAUAUAGAGUUAUUUCUUACUUGUUUCGUUAUUAUAUUCUCAAGCGCCUGUGCAUCAUUUCUUUUGUCAUCCUUUUUCAUAUGUUUGUUUACUUCAGGUGUAGCAUCUUGAUGUCUUUCGUAUCAUUUGUUAUUUUUUCUUAAUUCAUUUCUUGCUUCAAGACGUUUUGUUUGGUUGAUAAUUUGCUGGCUAUGAUUGUAGUGUAGUCUAUGCACCACAUUUCCUUGCCUCGUCAUCUUCCUGUCCUAGCGCCCACGGAGUGUUUACGUGUCUGUGUACGUGUACAUAUAGCUGUAGUUAGACAGUUUUUAUUAUCCGGUUUUUUUUAAUUCAAUUCUGCUUUCAUUUUUAUCAAAAGCGCCAUUUUCGUCACUACUAAACAUUCUUUCUUUCACAUACAUUGCUUUUGUGAGUACAUAUUUUAUUAUGAUUUUCAUAUAUAGGCUAGUUAAAAAUUGACGUUAGCAUAAUAUUUGAAGUUUGACAAAUCUCGUAUUUAUUAAUUUCACUUCCUAGAUUUUUCUGAUUCCUAUUGAAUCCAUCAAACCCGAAAUUUGGUUUAUUAUAUGGGGAAAUAGUUCACCAAGUUUAUUAUGUAACUCCAAUAAUCCUUGCAUGCUAAUUUCUAAAGGGUCGUUCAAGUUUAUAAUGUACGUUUUAAGGGAAUGUGAUCAGCUACCAUUUCGAGAGCUGUUUAUUAUUAUUGCUAUUAUAGUCAAUUAUUACUAGAUAUUCACGAAGUCAAUCCCAUGACUGUAACGACCAGUCAUGCAGUUGAGAAAACUGAAGUGAUGCUAUUAAUAAUUACCAUUUAUCCUUGAGUAACUGCCACAUCCCUUCCGUACAUUGCGAUGAGUUCAGUUUAGUGAAUUUCAAUUUAACACUAACAUUUGCUUACCAUGCCCUAAUGCGAAUGCGUCGUUCGGUAACAAUUCACUAAAAGUCCUCAAGAUUUAUCUGUGAGUGAUUGGAGAAGUAUAAAUAGUUUCGUACAGAACAUUUGCACCAGAUUCAUCCAUACUUGAGUUCAAACUUCAUCAUACUAGAUUAAUGAUCACAUAAUAUGCUUAUCUUUUAAGCUCUAAUCAAUUCCGAUAUCCAAGCAUAACGACGUAUUUAUUAGGUCUAGUCUGAUAUUAUAUAUAUAUAUAUAUAUAUAUAUAUAUAUAUAUAUAAAGGAUGUUGGAACGCAGCUGAAGUUUCUGGUAAAGUUUACACAUCCACUCUUUGAAUCUACGAAUAAGAAACUAAUAUGCAGAAUGUUUCUUUAUCCAAAAAAGAACGAAAUAUCGCCAGGUUUUAUAAUGGUGUAACCAUUAUACAGAGAAAAAUCUCAGAACCUUAUAUUUUGGUGCAACGAAAACAUAAUCACUGUAGAUAAAAAUGUAUAUAUCCUGUUUUUGUUUUGUUCUUUACAAUGUGAGAAAUGUUUUGGAUAAACAUUCUUUUUUAUUAUUUUGCUAAAAAAUAACAGUUGGAAGGCAUAUUUUUCGAUAUGUAAUGUUUUCCUCAAAAUUGCGUAGGCAACCAGCCUUUUUCAUUAUAUAUAUUUAUGGUUAGUGAGAUAUAUGUUUGUUUUUGACUUGACCAACUUCUUACCAUCUAAUAAAAAUAUUUUUCGUAACGAAUUAUUCUAAGUGAUAAUAUUGCACAAAUUUCUGUCUGUAUAGACAAGCGGUUCUUGUUCAUUCGCGUUUUCUAAAUAUUUCCGUAACAAUAUAAAUAAACCUUAUUUAUCAUCCAAAAUUGUUUCCAGUAUAAUUCUACAAUCAUACCUGUAAAAGAUUUACUUAAAUUCCUAUUAAGCAUCACAUCUUUCUGGUUAUCUGAUUCUAAAUUAAAAUUAUACGGUCUAAACUUAGAUGUUACGCAGCUUCGUACUUACAAAUUGCCAAAAACCGUACUAACUUUACUCAUAGUAAACCAGUGCCUACUGACUAUGCAUAGGCAAUGAAGUACACAUGCAAUGAAUGUUAGUUGCACAGUAUUAUGAAUUGACUGAAGCUAGGAGAGUGAACCAAUGGUAUGUCAACUUAGUUUUCUGUAGGCUAAGGACUCGUGGCAAAAGCUGAUGGUCAUGUAUUCAAUCUUCCAAGAGAUCGUGAAUCCGCAUUGAUAAGAACUCAUAUUGGAACGAAAUAUCUGUUCUUUACUUCCUUGUGUCCUAUGUUUGUCUGAUUAGACUCAAUCUGUGAUGUAAAACUUCAUAAAAUACUAGGGGGAAGAUAUUUUACAUUUGGAAAUAUUAGUAGCUGUAAAUGUAGUUUGACUGAAUUCACCAUUGAUCUUCCAGGGAUUACUUCUGACGUAAUCAUCAGUGAGGAAUUUAUGCAGAAAUUCCAAUAACGAUCUUGUCAUAUUUUUUUCUCAAUAGGAGCUAAUAACGAUAACUAAAUAGUUAGCCCCCAAAUGCUCUGGUAUGGCCGAGAGUGGGGUGGGCCCUCCCUCUCGAAAUGCUCUCGCACGGCCACGCGUAUACAGCCUCUGCCAGGAAAAACCUACUCACUGCCUUCUCGUGGCGGGGAUAUUGUUUACGAAAAUGAGAGGACGA